CGCGCUCCCGAUCCAGUACUCUGUCUAGUUUGUCUGAGACUGAUCCAACUGAAGAACAUGCAACAUCAUCACAAAACGUGAUGGAGAAGCAGCCAUCACAAAACGAAUGUCAGUCACUGAGAGCGACGUAUACAACACCCGGGUUUUACGCCCUAAGGAAUUAUCUUCAAGAAACCUGGAUGCUCAAGCCCACGGUGCCCGGUUGUCCAUCAGGCUUGGAAUAUCUUGCACAAAUAGACCAGCUCUUCGUGAAACAGAAAAAGGACCUUAUUGAAAAAUUCAUCUGUUCCAUUUAUGUUUUAAAAAUGGACACAAAAAUUACUUUUCUUUUUAUAGAGUCCGAUUAUUCCAGCAAACCGUUUUGUUCACCAGUACAUCCGUUCACUGUGCACGUGACGGACAGUUCCGAUGCUGAAGUGAUUCGUAUAAAGCACACAUAUAAAUAUCACUGCUUCUGGCAUUACUUGAGUUGUUCAGCUUACUGUGAAAAUGAGCUUGAAGUCGAAGCUCCAGUCGGUCAAAUUGUUGGUUAUGUAAAAGAAGUACGAGAAGGCUGCAAACUUCGAUUCUUGGUGAAAGACGCCGACCAAAAUACAGUUUUACGCAUCCAUGAAUCAUCAAGCUGUCGCUGCUGCGGGUUCAAUAGAAAUGUCAGUUUUCAAACCAUGUCGGUGGAUAAUACCGUGGUGGUUGGGCAGAUCACGAAGCAGCCUACACGUUCUCUUCAAGACCUUCCCAUCAACCUUGAGAUAUUUGAAAUAACCUUUCCCAUGGAUUUAGAUAUGAAAAUCAAGGCAACUCUAAUAGGUGCUGCAUUCCUAAUCGUAAGUUUAUGCUUUAUAAAACCCUAUGUUUCUCUUCACAGAAAGAUGCUGA